AUGACUAAACCAGUACCGCACCAUCACCUCGCCGCGAUCCUCCCCCAAAAAGGCGGUCCCUUAUCCAUCGUCGAACGCACCACACCCGACCCCGGUCCCAAUGAAAUUCUCAUCGAAAUCAAAGCGCUAGCCUUGAAUCCAGUCGACUACUACCAGCGCGACUUUGGGAUCCCGCCGGUCCCCGUCUAUCCUGCCGUCCUUGGGCACGACGCAUCUGGCAUCGUGGCCAAGGUUGGCUCUAAUGUUGCCACUGCCAAUGAUUCUACUUCCACCAGCAGUUCUGUUGUUCCAGGCAGUCGAGUCAUCGCCCUCGCCUCGUCUUUCUUCAAAAAUGGCGAUCCAAACUACGGCGCCUUCCAACACUACGCCCUCGUCCAAUCCGAAGCGGUCAUCCCACUUCCCGACACGCUCUCAUUUGAACAAGGUGCCGUGUUUCCCUUGGCCGUCAUGACAGCUCUAACGGCCUGGACUUGCAUUGGAAUUUCUCUCGAUACGAAAUUCACCCCGGAGGAUAAGCAGGCCGUGCUAAUCUGGGGCGCGGCAAGUAGCGUGGGUACAUUUGCGGUUCAAUCUGCGAAAUUACUCGGGUUCAGCAGGAUUUAUGCGACUGCUAGCUCGAAGCAUCAUGAAUACCUGAAAGAGCUGGGUGCGGAUGUUGUGGUCGAUUAUCAUGACAGUGAUGUCGUGAAGAAGAUUGUUGAUGCGGUGGAGUGGGAUGGUGUGAAGUUGUAUACGGCGCAUUGUGUUGUGGUUGGAGGGUUGCAGCCGACGUUGGAUGUGUUGAAAGAAACCAAGGGAAAGGGAAAAGGGAAUGGAAAGGGAGUGGUUGCAAAAGUGGCUCAUUCGCCUCCUUUGCCGGAAGAUCAUCCGACGUUGGAAGAUACGGAGAUUGUGUUCAAUUUCCCGUCGUUGGAUAAGGAGGUCAGGGAUAGGCAUGUGGAGCGGUGUUUUCAUGGGUGGUUGUAUAGUGGGUUGAAAGAGGGUACUGUCGUUCCGAGUCCACGGAUUCAAGUCGAACGGGGAGGGUUGGAGGGGUUAAAUUUGGCGCUGGACAAGUUGAGAGAUGGGGUUAGUGGGACGAAGAUUGUUGUGCCGAUUUGA